GGUGAGCAAAGUCCCUCCCUGUUAAUUACUGACAAUGGCUCCUGGCACGGGGCGCCGCCACGGCCGAACCUGGAAACACCCGUGUCUCGUCUCAUCUCGCCGGUAUGUCUGUCUGUCUGUCUGUCUGUCCUGUGCCGUCUUGUGAUGCUCUGGUUCCUGCCUCUUGCCGUGGGAGCAGAGACCCCAGUCCUCCAUCCAUCGUUGGGUUGGCCGCCGUGCCUGCCCCCGUCCUGCAGGCAUCAUCCUUGCAUCCGCCUUCGUCACGCUGUGCUUGCCCAAUCCUGCUAAUAAUCCCAUGCGACACCCAGCCAAGUCGGCUGGUGACAAGUCGGCCUGCGAGAACCAACGAGAGAGCAGUCCCCGUGCCCAGCAUGUUUGCUCUGUCCUAAUAGCACACAACCGUGACUCGUUUUUGUAAUAUCAAGUCAGACUCAUCCCCCCCAGCUCGAGACCAACCAGUCUCACGUGCCAUUCAACAAUCACUCUUGCCGCCCCGCCGCUUGGCUUGUGUCCGCGUCUGGCUGCCGCUCGUCUCUCUCGCUGCUUCUCUGUGCCGUCCCGCCGUGUCUGAGGCACGCAGCAGCCCAAGCAAGCAAGCAAGCCACCGGAUAGAUAUCUCAUCAUCAUCACCACCAUCAGUCAUCAGGCUGCCGCGCGAGUCCGGCUCUCCUGACCCCUAGCGGGCAGAAACUGGGGUUUUGUUUCCGGCUCCCACCCUGUCGGGCGUGUCUGUGUCUGCCCAUGCCACUGCACAUGCCAGGCCGUCGCCAGUCGCAAGAUCAGCAAAGGGGAGUAAGUGCGUUAUCGUACGUAUUUUAAGUAGCCACAGCUUGGAAGCUGCGUCGCCGUGAGGCAUCAUCAUCAUUGAC